CGCAAAGAAGGAAGUGAUGUCAUGUACGGACAGGAAGUGAUGUAGGGUAAAAGACAGGAAGUUCCAGAGGAGAGGUGACUUGUUAGGAAAUAGCGUACAGACAUUACUGGAUCUUAAGAAUGCCCACUUGUUUUAUCAAUUCUUGCAGUUCGAAUCACAGAACUACGAAUGUUAAACUUUAUUCAUUUCCCCGCAAUCAGGAGAGAAUCAGAAAAUGGCUUCAAAAAAUCCAAAUUCCAAGACAUGAUUUAGAAUCAUUUGUUGAAACAAUUUCUAUUAAUAAAAACUCAAAAUUUAAAAUUUGUUCCAAACAUUUCAAUGAAACAGAUUUUCAACAAAAAGGUCCUAAAAGACAUCUGAAGAUAACGGCUUAUCCUUCUCUACUCUUGAAAAAACCCCCUAUAAAAUCUCAUCUAGAGUUAGAACACAAUUAUUCAAAAUGUGGAAGAACCGAAACAGAUAUGUCUUCAGAAUCUUCUACCAAUGUUUUUGAUGACAGCUAUGCAUCCAAUCAGACAUCAACGGAAUCUGUUCCUGAACUACAGAAUAAGUCGGGGGGUUCAUCAACUGCAGUUAGUGACAUAGAGAUGGUAAUGCUUGAAUGUGUGGACUUUACAUUGCUAGACAGUUUAAUUUCCACCUCUGUUGAUAAUGAACCUAGGAAUUGCAUCGAUCUAUCAGCUAAUGAAGUAGAAAUAGAAACUAUGGAGAAUUUGGACUCUCAUUCAAAAGAAAUGAAGAUCAAACCAAGAUAUAAAAUUGUUCAUCGCGGUAUCCAAACCAACCCUAAAUGGAACGUAAAAAAAAAGGGGAUACAGGCAUGCAUAACUCUGUCUACAGUCUCUGUUGGUUCCCAGUGCUCUUUGGUUGAACUGCCAGAAUUGACUCCACUACCAACUUCGCAAAGUCCUAUGUUUGAGGUUUCUGAUAUAGAAGAAAGUGACGAGGAUAUUUUGCAAUCGCCAUUUUCUGAUAAUUUUACGUCACAAGCUAUAAGUGCUGUAGAAAAUUUCAAAAAAAUAGAUGUGCCCGCAGUACAUCAUCAUCCAAAUGUUUUAGUUCUUGGAUCAUCGCCAAUUAAAAGCACUGUCCAAGAAACACCGAUGUUACAUGAGAUCGAAAACACUGAUUUGGACAUUUCAAUCGCUCCACAAAAAAAAAAAAAGGACAAAGACCAUUCUCAUCGUCCUUCACCAGAAGAAGAGGAUGACAUUUUUUCCGACGGAUCGAAUGAAGAAAACAUAAGUUCAGAAGUACGUGAAAAAGAUCUUUCAUAUUUAGGUGUGUACAACUUAAAGGAAGCCGGCAAUGUCGCAAAUCAAAACAAAUUUUUGGUGUUUGAGGAAUGCCUUGAUCAAUUAUUGGUCCAAUCUCAUUGCUCAAAAGUUCCGAAUUGUCCCGGUAGGAUAAUUGGUCUCAAAAAAGUCAUCAAAGGCUCGGCUUUAAUUGUAUAUGCGGAGUGCAGUCAACACCAUCAAUUUGAAUUGUGGAGAAGCCAACCCUUUGUCGGAAAAAUGCCAGCUGGAAACCUGCUUAUUUCUUCAGCAAUAGUAUCUAGCGGUUCCAAUUUUGUACGAGUCAAGAAUUUUUUUUCUAUUUUAAAAAUGCAUGGUAUUUCUGCUACCACUCAUUGCAGCAAUCAACGGAAUUUCAUUUUCCCAACAAUUGAACAUCAUUGGUUGAAUGAAAGAACAAAGAACAUCCAAAAAAUAGCGGAGAAGAGUGUUGCAUUGAUUGGCGAUGGGCAAUGCGACUCACCUGGCUUCAAUGCAAAGUACUGCACCUACACAUUCAUGGAUGCAGAAACCGAUAAGAUUAUAGAUUUCCAAGUGGAACAAUUGCAAGCUGGUCGUACCUCUGUUUCGCUUGAAAAAAUAGCGUUCGUUAAGGCCUUGGAGCGUGUUUUAAGUGAUGGGGUUAAUGUAAAAAUCAUUGCGACGGACAGACAUGUAUCCAUCAGAAAAAUAAUAAGGGAGAAAUACCCCGAAAUUAGGCAUGAAUUUGAUGUAUGGCAUGUGGCAAAAUCAAUUGAAGGUAAACUAAUGGCUGAAAGUAAAAAAAGUACCGGUAGAAAGCUUGCCGGCUGGGUUCCUUUGGUAAAAAAUCAUUUAUGUUGGUCAUCCAGUACUUGCCAGCUGAAUACUCUUCUACUAAAAGAAAAAUGGCUUUCGAUUAAUUUUCAUGCAUCAAAUUUACAUGAAUGGCAUGGAAAUUCCUUAUACCAUCACUGUUCACAUAAGCCAAUACCUACUGAUGAAGAAAGAGAGUAUGAGUGGCUCACACAAGGAUCUACAGCUCACCAUAAAUUAAAAUCGAUAAUUGAAGACCCAAGACUGCUAAAGGACCUUGAGCAUCUUUCUGGAUUUUACCACACUGGAGAGCUUGAAGUAUUUCAUAGCAUGGUGUUGAAAUAUAGAUCCAAAUGGCAACACUUCUCGAUGGACGGCAUGGUAGCAAGAACACAACUUGCUGCCCUCGACCACAAUAGCAACAUAAAUCGCUUGCAAGCAGUUAUUCAGAAACCUAAAAAAAAUACCGAAGAGAAGGGGGCUUUACGUUAUCGGUAUGGUUUUAGUAAGGCCAAAAAAGAUUGGAAUGUUGGAAAAAUGUAUGAACCAACCAGUCAAGCUUUCAUGCUAGAAAUUAUCUGUGAUGUUGUUGACCAUGCUGCCGGAAUAAAAGCCUUUGCAUGGCAUUCGCGACAAGUCAAAGAUUUAGAAAACAUUGCAGCGUUUCCACGGCCACCAAAACAUGAACUGCUAUCUAAAUAACUGUCUCGUUUUUAAAUAAUAAAAUUAAAAAAGUUUAUUUUGGGAUAUCUUAUUAUCCAAAAGCAUUAUGAAACAGUUUAAAUUCUUAUUGAGUUUGUAUCCGUUAAAAUUAAAUUGAUUUAUUGUCAAUAAAAGUUUAUAAUAUAUA